AUGAUUGCCGAACCAAUUCUUGAAACCCACAACUUUUCUCAAUGGAACCCAUUGUUGCGUCGAAUGGCUUACGUUGUUCGAACAGCAGACAAUUUUAAGAAAAACGCUCUGCGAAAACCAUGUGUGCGCGGACCUCUGCGACAAAAUGAGCUCAUCAGAGCUGAAAUGUUCCUGUACAGAACAGCCCAAAGUAGCGCUUACGCUGAAGAAAUUGGGAUUCUUAAAAUAAAUCAAGCUGACAGCCGCUUGUUGCUACAAAUUCCCAGAAAUAGCGCGAUAAUUAGCUUCAACCCGUACUUAGACGAGAACGAUGUCUUGAGAGCACGCGGUAGAACUAAGUUGUGCAAGUUUAUCAGUUCGACUGCAGCACAGCCAGUCAUUCUUCCGCAUCAUCAUCAUAUAACAAAGCUGAUAAUCGCAGAUGUACAUAAGAAAUAUCACCAUCAGAAUCACAGAACGAUAAUCAAUGAAAUUAAUCAGCAGUACUGCAUUUCUCGCCUGAAAUCUACUUAUAAUUCCAUCCGCAACAACUGCCAGCACUGUAAAAACGAGCGGGCAGCUCCCCAGCCCCCGGCGAUGAGUUUUCUACCAAUGGCCAGACUUGCAGCUUAUAGCCCACCCUUCACGCAUAUGGGAGUGGACUACUUCGGACCGAUGCUGGUACUAGUGGGACGAAGAAUCGAAAAGCGUUGGGGGGUCCUAGCUACCUGCCUAACCACUCGCGCAGUCCACUUGGAAAUUGCUCAUACGUUGACCACCAGCUCGUGCAUUAUGGCCAUACGUAAUAUAAUGGCAAGACGGGGUGUUCCUGCGGUCAUUUAUAGUGAUCGUGGGUCCAAUUUUCAAGGAACGAGCAAGGAAUUGCAAACCGCCAUGGAGGAGCUCGAUGAGGAAUGCUUGGCGAAGGAAUUCACGACUAUACAUACCGACUGGAAAUUCAUUCCUCCGGCUUCCCCUCAUAUGGGAGGAGCAUGGGAGCGACUGAUACGUAGUGUUAAACAAAAUCUGAUCAAAUUGUCACCAAACAAGGUUCCAACCGAUGAAGUGCUCAGAAAUACAUUAAUCGAAAUUGAAAACAUCAUUAACUCUCGUCCACUUACCGAUGUCCCAGUGGAUAACGAUCAGUCACCAGUUUUGACGCCCAACCAUUUUUUACUAGGAUCGUCGAACGGUAGGAGAUCAUGGGUUCCAUACGACGAUACCUACAUCACCCUUAAAAAUAACUGGCAGCUCUCCCAAGUGCUGGCCAAUGCGUUUUGGAAGUUAUGGCUACAGGACUAUUUACCGACGCUCACGCGCAGGACGAAGUGGUUCAACGAAGUCAAGCCCAUCCAAGUUAACGAUAUAGUCGUUAUCAUCGAUCCAAAACUUGCUCGUAAUUGUUGGCCGAAAGGCCGAAUUAUUGCCACUAUACCAUCAGCAGACGGACAAGUUAGAUGA